AGCCGAGCUGUCAUCGCUCCCACACUACAACAGACUGUACCACAGGGAUAUCGGGACGGACACAGUGAGCCAGGUCUCCCCACAGUCACUCAGGUUCGCACACACCUGGCGGUGAUCCAGCGGUAGUUUUUUGUGGGAAAAAGAGGCUGGACGCGUGCUAAGAUGAUCCGGACCGCUGGUAUUUUGAAGUUGGUAGCGCUCGUCACUGCGUUCUUCCUGGCUGUGUUUUUGACAUUCCAACUGCUGGAGAUCAACAUGGACUUUAAACUGGGCAACAUGAUGUCAAAGUCUGUGACGGGGAACUUAGUCACAAAGCCAGUCAGACACAAGUGCGGCCUGUUGAAGUCGUGUCCGAACGCACACUUUGCCUUCAAGAUCGUGAGCGGAGCAGCCAGCGUGGUGGGGCCCAGAAUGUGCCUGGAGGACAAGAUAGUCAUGAGCGGCGUGAAGAACAACGUGGGGAGAGGGAUAAACAUCGCUCUGGUCGACGGCAAAACGGGGCAAACCACAAACACAGCGUUUUUUGAUAUGUGGGCAGGAGAUGUGGCCCCCUUCGUUAAAUUCCUGAAGGACAUCAAAGAAGGGACGAUCGUGAUGAUGGCUUCGUUCGACGACGCUGCCACAAAGCUCAACGACGAAGCCAGGACGCUCAUUGCUGAGCUGGGCAGCUCGGUGAUCAGCAGCAUGGGCUUCAGGGAUAACUGGAUCUUUGUGGGAGGGAAAGGCAUCAAAACCAAGAGUCCUUUUGAGCAGUAUAUUAAGAACAACCCGGACAGCAACAAGUUUGACGGAUGGCCCGAGGUGCUUGAGAUGGAAGGCUGCAUCCCCCAAAAAUACGAGAUGUGAUGGAAGGAAGCGGCACCGCCCCUGUUUGCCGCCGCCCACCCUCUGUCCUCCUGACAUUCCUCGUGUGCACACGAGACUUUUCUUCUUCGUCUUUUUCUUUUUUUUUUU